UUCCCAAAUCCCAAAUCCCAACUCUCUCUCUCUCUCUCUCUCUCUCUCUCAGAUCCGAGCUCUAUUCCUAAAAUCGAGAUCUUUUCGAGCACUAAUUCUUGCCAGUUGUGGGUUUUUUUCUCGAGAUGAGGACGGCGAACGCUCGAUUCAUGCCCCAAUUUGAACAGUAAGUAGACCAUAUGAGCUGUCUAAUUGAGGCUUGGGAUGUUUGCCACCAUAUUCUCGUGAUUGAUCUGUUUGCGUUUGUGUUUUACUAAUAUGGCCAACUGCGGGGCCUCUCAAGAGUUGGGAAAGAAAGCCAUGACAGAUGCUUCAGUGAAAGUGUAUCAUUUCUCUCUCUUUCUCUCUCCCGUUGUGUCAUUUUGGGAUUGCAUUGUUCGCAAAAUGAGAUAUUCAUUCAGGCCUGAAUGGGUGUAGGUCUAGCUCAGUAAACGGUAGUCUCUUCAGUUUCCAAGAAAAACUUGUGGGAAAUUGCAAAGUUUUAGUUUUCAAUUUUAAGGAGAUGAUUGUGGCAAUCCUGUUAUAUUAGAUAUUCUGAAAAAUAGAUAAGCUGAGAUAGUAGUUACAGAAAUAGGCAAUUAUGGAGAGGAUACGAUGUGGUCAACCGGUGCCAGCCCUGAGGAAGAGUAAGAAGAAACAGGCUAAAGAGGAAGUGGAUCGUCAGAAACAGGCUGAGAAGAAAAAGAGACGCCUUGAAAAAGCACUAGCAACUUCUGCUGCCAUACGGUCAGAAUUGGAGAAGAAGAAACAGAAGAAGAUUGAGGAACAGCAAAGACUCGAUGAAGAAAGUGCUGCAUUAGCCGAGGCAGUUGCUCUGCAUGUCCUUGUUGGGGAAGAUAAGGAUGAGUCCUGUCCCUUUAUGUUGAAUAAAAGGCUCAACCCAUGGGAGUAUUCUAACAAUAUCAGUCUUCUAAUGGGUUGCCAGAGUUUUGCAAAGUACCCAAUUGGAGGAAUAGGAUGGAUGCCUGAUGCAUAUGAUCCAGCGCGCAAAUGGAAUGAAUGGGGACCUGCAGCUUCUCUGCCUCAUGGACUGUUUGUAAGAGACCUUCAAACGCCGUAUUUUAAGGACACUUUGCAUGGAGCAGGAAUCUGCCCUGGGCAUAUAGCAGCCGAUGCAGUCUCACUGUUGCAGAUCAAAGAUGAUUCACAUGAGGACCCAUUCAUUGACCAGGGAGCAGCAUCUGUAGUAAUAAAUAAAAUGUUCGGAGGAUGCAAUGACGGUAACAGAAUGAAUAUAUACAGCAAGUUUUAAUUAGACUCCAUACUAGACUUGUAUAUAGUCAUUGCCAAAUUGCCCUUUGUUUUUGAUGUAGGCACUUCUUCAUUACCAAAAGGUAUUUUCUAUGUUAUGUGUUUUAUUUACAGACUUGUGAAGUGAGAGUUUGACAUCUUGUUCAAGAAAAUUGAACCAAUAUAGACUUUCAUUGUAAUAACAUGCUAUUUGCUUCUUGGACUUAAGUAGCACCUUGUCUGUCAUAUUGUGUGAUGUUUCUUGUACAAAUGAAGUUGCAGAAAAAAUAAAAAAUAAACUAUUUAUCC